UCAAUUGAAGGGGGUGCCUUCUGUGCGGCGCGCGCCCCAGUAAUAAAUCCCCUUGAGCGUUCUCUUGGUAGGUUUGGAGAGGGGCUUGCACAUUAUCCCGAAUGGGGCGGAAACUGCAAGAGCAAAUGACGGACAGCGGGCGGCUCGGCUACACCGUCCGAACCUGUUUUGUUGCGUACGUUUCCUCUAGAACGAAGGCUUGGGUCCCCCCAGCAGGCAAGGAAGCGUCGGGGUGCCGGGGAGGACCUAUCUGGGAUGAUGAGAGACGUGUCGUGGAACUCCACCGCCCACUACGUACGAGGGAGCGUGACGAGUCCGGAGCUCUGCUUGGUAGGCUUGUGGUGCGUUGGUCUUACAGAGAGGUCUUGGUGUCUGGACCGGGUGGUCUGCUAUCGGCUAUGCUCGACUGGCUAUUUCGUUACUAUAGACUCUAUGCGGCCAUCUCCAUGUCACAAUCGAAGAAAUCCAUGGGACGAACACUAGAGUGGCAGGCGGGCCCCCCUAAACAUGUGACGAACGGAGCUCUCACCCAGAAGCAGGAGGAGCGCACGCGACGGAGAUGGUGGGGACGUGGACAUCAACACGGUAGAAGAGGGGGGAAAUGGAAGUGCAGAAGGAAAGAUUAAGAGAAAAAGAAAUGAAAGCAUAACCGGGCAAUUCACCUUGCUGGCUGAAAGAACGGAACUG